UUUAGAGGCACAGUUUGUGAGUAAGACUAAAAAAAGAGGGAUUUUUAGUUUUAUCUCUCACUUGAGUCCAAAAUUAUACUUUUAUCAGUUUGAGAGACAUGGGCCCUUGUUUUAUUCUGGUAAGAGUCGCCACAUUUCGAAUUAGGUUGCAAUAGACUCUUAUUUUGAAAAGAGCAACCGGAACGGAUGGCUUUUGUGUUUCGGUUUAACCUGACGCACCCAGUGAAUAACCAAAACCCGGGUAUUUUUCACCGCCAGGCAGCCUGGGUGUCUUCUGCGCAGGGGUUACCCGAUCAGCUGUUGUUGCAGUCGGCGUGGGGAAACGUUGCCGUGUUUAAUUGUGCAGGUUUCUGCUUUUCUGACCGACCCGAACAACCGCCCGUUUGUCGACAUGGAGAAUCGAAAACGACCGUUAGAGGCGGUUUCGAGCACCGGCUUCAAAACGCCGGAGAAGAGAGUGUCAAUGGUCCGGCUGCAGGACUCGGACUACAUGCGAUGGGGAGUGGAGGAAACGUGUCAGUACCUACGACGAGAAGGUCUUGGAGCUUGGGAAAAUAAGUUUAGAGCACAAAAAAUAACUGGAGUCGGGCUGAGGUAUCUCGGGGAUGCUGAGCUGGAGAAGAUUGGCAUAGAGUACCUCGGUGACCGUCUGCAGAUCCUACACAGCCUCAGGAAGCUGUGGCAGAUAGAAGCUGAGCCAAGCAAGGUGUUUAAUGAUCCCAUCCACGGGCAUGUGGAGUUACACCCACUUCUCAUCAAAAUCAUAGACACACCUCAGUUCCAGAGGCUACGAAACAUCAAGCAGCUUGGAGGGACCUACUUUGUUUUUCCUGGCGCAUCCCACAACCGCUUUGAGCACUGCAUCGGGGUGGGUUACCUGGCUGGACGACUCGUACAAGCUCUGAAUGAGAGGCAGCCAGAACUCCUAAUCUCUCGCAGAGACAUCCUUUGUGUGCAGAUCGCUGGGCUCUGCCAUGACCUGGGACAUGGGCCAUUUUCCCAUAUGUUCGAUGGGAUGUUCAUCCCCAGAGCACGUCCGGGAGUUACCUGGAAGGUGAGAAACUGAAAUAUACUUCUCUUGUCCUUUGCCAUAUGCUGUAAGUGUCAAACAAAACCAACAAGGGAGUUAAGGAGACACACAAGGUCACGUACAGUUCAGCACAUCACCCUGUUAAGACAACACAUUCGUUAAAAGCCACAAAGAGAGCCAGUGAACUACAGUGCUGUGUAAUCAGCAAGCCAAAAUAAAAAAUACUCUAUGGAUUAGACCUUGUACAGGCAUUAGUUCCUUUCUUCUGAGUCAUUAGUUGCAGAGGCUGAUUAUCUGAAUCCACGUUUUCUCAGCAGCAUAUUGCAGUGUCCACUACCUCUAGUCUUCUGGUUGUUUGAUUUCCCCCAUUUUCUGUUUUGCUGCAACUUCAUGUUUCUUCAGAAAAUUAUUUGGCAGCCAAGGAUCCGCAAAUACCACACCCUAUCCCAGACGAAUAUAUCGAGUCGUAGUACAGCAAAGGAUAAUCUCAGUUCAGUUUGUUUACCCAAAGAUCUCACUAUUUAACUUCCCCAUUCUAGCGUUCUUGAAAUAAGGCACUGACUACUUCAGCAACAUAUCAUAUGGUGGUGUAUGGAGGAAAAAUGGGAACAAUCUGUUACAGCUACUGUCUGGAAAAAGUAGACGGCCUUUGGACUCGCUAUUUUUGAAGUGUAACUGAGAAACACCUUGUGCUCUCUUGUAGUCACCCACUGUGGGGAUGGUUAAAGCUCGAGUGCUUUUAUCUG